AUGGCAUCCAUUGCUACUUUCUUCAACAAGUUUUGCUAUCUUUUCAUCCUCAUUCUCCACCUUGGCUGCUUCAUGUUCACCACCGCCGCCGUCACCGCCGGAAAACAAAAACACGACACCCGUCAUUUGCUACCCUCCAAGAAACGAAAAAUCUUACCUUUAUCACAACCCACUUCACCUUCCCACCCUAAAUUCAAAACCCAUAAAGCCCUUUCUUCUUCUUGGCAUUUCGUCAAACACCUCUUCUCCGCUAAAUCCUGCAAAACCGCCAUCACCGCCGCCACCACACAAGCAUCACCUCAAUCCACAUCAACCACCGCGGAAGCCUCCCAACAAUCUCUCAUCUCACUGGUUCAAUCCGACCCGAGUUUCACCGAUCCCCCACGCAAGAAACAACCCGAAUCAGACAUCUCCGCCGACAACUUCCCCCUCCGUAACGACAUCUUCCCAUGCACCGUCUGCGGCGAGAUUUUCCAGAAACCAAAUCUCCUCGAGAAUCACCAAUUCACAAACCACGCCGUGUCGGAACUCACCGGAUCCGACCCGGGUCACAACAUAGUCCAGAUCAUAUUCAAAUCGGGUUGGCCUGAAACAAACGACUUUCCAUUUCCAACAAUUCACCGAAUCCUAAAGAUCCACAACAGCCAGAAAAUCCUCUCCAAAUUCGAAGAGUAUCGCGAAAUGGUAAAAUCCAAAGCCACGCGUAACACGCGCCGCCGCGACGAACGCUGCAUCGCCGACGGAAACGAACUCAUGCGUUUUCACUGCUCCACUUUUUUAUGCGAGUUAGGACACAACGGGGAUUCUUCAAUUUGUUCUCAGCAAUUUUGUACUAUCUGCGGAAUUAUUAAAUCAGGAUUUUCACAAAAAUUAGACGGAAUUUCCACGCUGUCAACAAGCUGGAGGGCAAACAUGUCAAUUCCUGAUGACAUCGAACGUGAAUUUCGCUUCAUGAACGUGAAACGGGCCAUGCUUGUUUGUCGGGUUAUUGCGGGUCGGGUUGGGUCUGAUUCGGAUGAUGAAAUGGAUAAAACCGAUGGGGGUUUUGAUUCGGUGAUGGCGCGCGGAGAGAGUGAGUUGGUGGUUUUUAAUCCUAGGGCUGUGCUACCUUGUUUUGUGAUUGUGUAUAGUGUGUGA